GUGUACUUUAAUGUUUUUAAAACAGAAGUUGAUCCCUGCCACAACUACAAUGUGUUGGAUGAUCUCUGGAGAUCCACCAGUAAUCAGGAUUUAUCUCAGAUAAUGUGUGACAUGAAUGUGAAUUGGGCGGGUUGGUAUCGUCUCAUCAUUCAGGGUGAGAGUGUUCAGAUGCCAGACACAUGUGUUCAAGAGUACAGAUGUGGUACUAAUGCACCACUGUGGUUAAAUGGUGGACAUCCAACGGUUGAAGAUGGAGUGGUCACACGAGACGUCUGUGGUCACUGGAAGGGUGACUGCUGUCUGUUCCACUCCAAUCCCAUUAGAGUCAAAGCCUGUCCAAACAAUUAUUAUGUCUAUGAGUUUGUGAGACCAUCUGACUGCUUUUUGGCAUACUGUGCAGAUGUUAGAAACCUCACUCAUACUACUGUCAGGCCAGAGACAACAAUCACCAAAGAAACCACAGACAUCACUACUGCUGAAAGAGAUCCCUGUUCUGCACUCAACUGUACUGAAGAUGAAUGGUGUGGAGAGAUGAACAGUGUUUACGGCUGUUUAUGCAAUGACAACCAAACCAGAUCUGAUCCUGACUCUUUUGAUUUCAUUGAAACCUGUGAGAGCAGUACAGGAUCUAUAUCUAUAUCUCGCUGUCAGCUCUUUGAAGCUGGUUUUUCAGCUCAUGGCCUGCACCUUAAUGAUCCCAGCUGCAGAGGAAUCAUCCAGAAUGGCCGAGUGGAGUUUAGUUUUGAUAACAAUGAACACAACUGUGGUACAAAUCUUAUGGCCAAUGGCACUCAUAUCAUCUAUGAGAAUUUUAUUUUGGGAGCACCAGGAUUAUCUGAAGGUCUCAUCAGCAGAGAGAGAAUUCUGCAGAUAUCUUUCAGCUGUGUUUACCCCCAAACCCAAACACUUUCUAUGAUAGAAAUCAACCCACUGGAGAGUGUUGUGCACAAGACCCUUCCUGCUGGUCAAGGGAUGUAUCAGGUCCGAAUGAUCCCAUAUGAGGAUGUUGGGUUCUCUCAGCCCUUCAAUGGUAAUGUGACUGCAGAACUCAACCAGGAGAUUUUUGUUGAGGUUCGUGUUGAUGGGGUUGACAGUCGACAGUUAGUCACAGUGAUUGACACAUGUUGGGCUACACCUGUGAAUGAUCCAGAUUACAGUCUGCGCUGGGAUCUCAUCACUGGAGAGUGUCCAAAUCCACAUGAUAACACAGUGAACCUUCUUCAGAAUGGUGUCUCAACAUCCAGCCGUUUCUCCUUCAGGAUGUUCAUCUUCAACUCAAACUCCACUAAAGUUUACCUGCACUGUGCUGUUCAUCUUUGUCUUCUGGCAAACAAUUCCUGCUCAGCUGACUGUGCCUCUGGAUAUCACCAGAGGGUCGGCAGGUCUCUGGACUUCCAUGACAGUUCUUCUAUAUCCAUGGGUCCUUUUGUCUGGUCUGAUGGAAAUGCAGACAAAUAGGCUCCAGAAUUAGUGCGAGUGUCCGGAGCUCCAGGUCUGUCUGGUUGUUUGAUGAUACUGCUGGUUUCACUCCUGAGUGCCUGCAUCAUCUUCUAGGAUGUCUCCACAAUGCUCAAUUUCUAAUCUUAAAAGUUUCUAUAGCUUAACAUUUGCUUUGUCAUAUCUGUUAUCUCUGAUUUUGUUUUUUUUACACUUAUCUUGCCGUGUGUCUCAAUUCGUUCCCUAGCUCCAGAGGUCGUGAAUCAGUAUAUCGUGUACAAAGGUUCGGGCACUGGUAAGGACCCUAGCUCACUUCACAUUGGGACAAUGUUCACUUAUCUUUCUGUCACGUGGCUGCUUAAGAACAUUCACAGCUGUUACCCAUCAAUAACCGUCAAAACCAACAUCUCUCUAUCUUAAUUUUAAAAACAGUACAUUGUGAAAAAUGCUGUCAUUAUUCUCUUACAUAUCUGUGCAUAAAAUUGGAGGCAUAUAAUUACACUUUAAAUGUAAUAAAUAUAUUUACAAUUUUAAAUAAAUAUUAUUAUUUUACAUAUUGAGUAGAUUGUGGUCCCUUACUGUGUAGCAAUGCGUGUUUAUAUUUACAAUUAAAACAAACAUUUGUCUUUAUAAAAGUUCUGUAACAUUUCAUAAAGUUUAUUGAGUUGGAUCACGUGAUGUUCGGUUGGCGAGCUUCAGAAAAGGUUACGUGAGUUCCGGUUAGGGAACAUAGGGACCAUCGAUGCUCACUGGUUUUUGCAUUGCAUUGUGGGAAUUUUUAGGGAACGAACGUUCCAGUGCACUGAACGGAUUUUGCGAUUGAGACAGCCCUUAAAAUGGCUGACUCCCUGAUCAGUGCCCUGACUACUGAACAAGGGAGCUGAUUGAGACACACGGUUGAUGUUUAUUUU